CUUUAACGUUUCAAGGUUGAUGUAACAGCAGAUUUCCAAAGAUGGAAUAAGGUCGCUGAUAGUUAUUUCUUCUCGCAACAAGAAUUUUAUACGUGUAUCUCUUAUAUAGUAAACAUAUAGAAUACAUGACGACCUUGUUAUCAGCAGUAGCCACUUUUUGAACGAUACAUUUUAACUUUGAUUAUUUCGCGCUGAGCAUUUCGUAUUUAUUCACUGACCGUAAUACAUGGUUUCUACGAACAAUUCUGUGCGAGAUUAUUUGAUUUUAUUUUCUUAUUUUAUCAAAUUCUUAUGAAAUAUGAAGAUCGCUGUGAUCGGUGCUGGAUCAGCUGGUCUUGCUGCCCUACGGCAUUGCACUUUCGGUACAUAUGAGGUAGUAUGUUAUGAAAAAACAGACCAAACAGGUGGUACGUGGGUUUAUAGGGAAGAGACUGGCUUAGAUCGAUACGGUUUACCAAUACACACUAGUAUGUACAAAAAUUUAAGAACGAAUCUUCCAAAGGAAGUGAUGGGAUAUCCUGAUUAUCUUGUUCCAGAUUCCCCCGACAGUUAUUUAACUCGUACGCAAAUACUUGAAUUUUUAAAUUCGUAUUGCGAUCAUUUCAAACUUCGACAAUAUAUUCGGUUUUUACACAAUGUUGAAUUAGUGGAACCAUCGAAAGGUGACCGGAAGUGGACGAUUAAAGUAAGAAAUCUGAAAGAAAAUACCAUCGUAACAGAAUUUUUCGACGCAGUUAUGGUGUGCAAUGGUCAUUACUUCGAGCCCAGUAUACCAAAUUUAAAAGGGCAGGAAACUUUCCAAGGACAACAAUUGCAUAGCCAUGAUUACAGAGUGCCGGAUAUUUUUACCGAUAAGACUGUAGUUGUACUUGGCGCCGGGCCUUCCGGAAUGGAUUUGGCUUUGGAAAUAUCAGGGAAAGCAAAGUGUGUGAUUUUAAGCCAUCAUUUGAAGGACCCUAUAGGCACUAUAUUUCCUGAAAAUGUUGUUCAGAAACCAGAUAUAAAAGAAGUAACCGAACACGAUGUUGUUUUCGAAGAUGGUAGUAAAGAACCCGUAGAUGUGCUUUUUUAUUGUACAGGGUAUAAAUAUAGCUUCCCCUUUUUGAGCGAACAAUGUGGAAUACGGGUAGAUUCCAAUAUGGUGACACCAUUAUGGAAGCAUCUAGUAUCGAUUGAAAAUCCCACCCUGGCCUUGGUCGGUCUUCCCUUCUAUGUUUGCGCUUUUAGCAUGUUCGACCUGCAGGUGCGUUUUCUCCUACAAUAUUGGUCUGGCAAGAAAGACUUUCCUUCCAAAGCGAAUAUGUUAAAAGAAGAAGCGAAAGAAUUGGAAAAUCGCAAAAAGGAAGGUCUAGGAAAAAAGCACUUUCACUUGAUGGGAUUUAAGCAGGAUCAUUAUUAUGAUGAUUUGGCAAAUACUGCAGGAAUAACACCACUGCCUCCGGUUCUUACAAAAUUGCACAACGAAAGCAGUACGCGGUUCUUAGAUGAUCUGGUGCAUUAUCGAGAAAGUAGAUAUAAGAUCAUCGAUGAUUAUAAUUUCAUUCAACUUUGACAAUGUAUUUUACUCGUGAUACAAAAUAAAUAUUUGCCGAUCUUAUGCAAUUAGUGUAAAGGUAUUUUGUGCUGGAUAUAUCCAAUUAUAGAGAUUAUGUAAGAUUAUGUAAACUGAAAACUACUUUCUUCUUUUAUCUUCUAAUAGGAGUGGUAUAUGAAUUAUAAAUUGGUUUGUUAUAUGAUAACAUAAUCAUAAAAUUAAAAAAAAAUAUUUUGUAUCAAAA